AUGGCGCCGAUCUCCAGAGCCACGGCAAUCCUUGUGAUGGCUGUCGUCGUCGCCGUGCUCGCCGCCGCGGCUAACGCCCAGGCCCCCGCCCCAGCACCUGCCAUCAGUGAUGGAACAAGUGUAGACCAGGGAAUCGCCUACGUCCUGAUGCUGGUGGCGCUAGUCCUCACCUACCUCAUCCACCCAUUGGACGCCUCCUCCGCCUACAAGCUCUUUUAA